UGCGCAGGCGUUGUGUGGACUAUUUUGUUCCCCCGGUUAGGGCCGUGUCACAAACUGAGGCAAGGCACUGAAACCAAGUGUAUCAAUGCGCAAUCGCAUCGAAACGUUUCACGACUCCCGAGGACGAGGAAUAAACAGACACGAUGCUUGGAGGAAACGGGAGGCAGGCAGAGCAGGCCUCGCGCGUGGAACACCUUUGAGCGAGUGCUCGCGCACGGAAAGGCCAACGAUGGAUCAAACGAAAGCGACUGCCUCCAGGCUCUUCAUCACCUCAUUUAUUGAGAACAAGGACGAAUUAGAAGAGAAAUUUGAGCGCUGUUAUUCAAUUUUACAAAACCUUACUUCGGGACUCUCCGAGAAAGAAGCACAUGACAGUUUGAACAAUGCAGUGUGCAAAGAUAAAACUCAUGAAGAGGUUUCACUGGGACUUCUUGUAGUUAUUCUAACUGAGCCACAAAAUGCAGCAAAAAGUUAUCGUGACUUGACACUCAUAACUAGGGAUGGUCUAGCUAUAGUACUGGGUCACCUUAAUCAAUUAGUACUUGAAAGGUACUUGCGCCUCCAUGAUAUUGCCAGAAGUCAGUUGUUAUGGCUCCUCAGAGAAAUGAUAAGAACGAGUGUUGCAAAUGUCGACAAUCUCUGUUCGAGCUUACUGAGGCACGCAGCUGGUGGAGAUACUUCACAAAAAAAUGUUUUCCUCAUCGAUGCUCUUUUGGAUAUAUUCCAAGAAAAUCGACCAUGGUUAGAUAAAUUUCCAUUCUUGAUCGCCUCAAUUGUCUACACUUAUCUACGCUUAAUCGAGGACCACACAACUCCACAUCUGGCAGCUCUCAGGCAGAAGGAAGUAUCUUUCAUGGUGUCUUUGAUCAGAGAAAGAUUCGCCGACUGUUUAGUGAUUGGCAGGGAUCUGGUUCGACUGCUGCAAAAUAUCGCGAGGAUACCGGAAAUCGAGUUACUCUGGAAAGAUUUAUUGUUAAAUCCGAAAUCAUUGUGUCCAAACUUCACAGGAGUUGUGCAACUUUUGCAAACGAGAACCUCAAGAAGGUUUUUACAGUCAAGACUGACACCGGACAUGGAAAGAAAACUAGUAUUUCUUACGAGUCAAGUGCGUUUUGGAAACCACAAGCGGUAUCAAGAUUGGUUUCAAAGGCAAUACUUGGCCACCCCUGAGUCUCAAUCCCUUAGAUGUGAUCUCAUUAGAUUUAUUGUCGGUGUUAUUCAUCCGACUAAUGAACUUUUGUGCUCAGACAUAAUUCCAAGGUGGGCUGUAAUUGGCUGGUUAUUCACAACAUGCACUUCUACUGUGGCUGCCAGCAAUGCUAAACUCGCGCUAUUCUACGAUUGGCUGUUUUUUGAUCCAGAAAAAGACAACAUAAUGAACAUUGAACCUGCCAUUCUAGUUAUGCACAAUUCCAUGAGAUCGCAUCCCGUAGUCACUGCCACUCUACUAGACUUCUUGUGCAGGAUAAUACCAAAUUUUUACCCAGCACUAACUGAAAAAGUAAGAAGUGGAAUUUUCUCUUCAUUGAGGCAGAUAUUAGAGAAACGUGUUCUACCCAGUUUGUAUCCAUUGUUUGAUAGCCCCAAACUUGACAGAGAAUUAAGAACGAAGAUCCGAGAGACUUUCAAAGAAUUUUGUCUACCUCCUAACACUGAUCCAGGUAAUAAGCUUCCAAUCCCAAUGUAUUCAGGUAAAAUGGAAGAGCUUAGUAAAGAUCUGGGCCCAGGACUCAUGUUGGAGGGACCCACACCUACAACCUUAGACAACAACCAUGUAGGUCCAGAUGAACCAGCUUUCAGUGACGAGGAGGAAGAAAUGCCAUUACAAAUAGUCACAAAAAUAGAAGAAGAGGAAGAUGAAGAUGACAUGCCACUUGCAAAAGUGAAACUGAAAAAUGAUCGAAGAAAUGCAAACUGUGUAGCCAAAAAAGAGGAAAAAGAAAUAGUACCACAAUUGAAUUUUAUGUUGGAUCCCGGAGAAUUAAGAAUAGCAGUCGAAAGUUUGCAUCUUGAACCUGACAAUGAAGCCAAGUGUCAAGCGAUGGAGAGAAUAGUUCAACUGGUUAUAGAGGACGAAAUUGAAGCAGAAACGUUACCUACGUUAGCGACUUCGAUAUCAACAGUUCUAUUCCAACCACCGAUGACACGAAUUUUUCCCGCAGACAAUGAAAAUGACGAGACUUUGGCGGACAGCAUAAGUACACCGUUGUUCGUUAUGUUUAGGAACCAAUUUCAACUGUGUAAAGAAGAAGACAGACGUAGAAAACUUCUGGCCAGAGUAUUGGCUGAAGUUCAAUCCAUACAGCCAAGGACUGGAUAUUUACUUUUAUAUUUUCUCAAAGUCUGGGGAAGGGAAGAAGAAAAAAGAGAAGGUGAACCUAGUACCGAAAUGAAUGAUAUCAAGGCAUCGGUGUAUAAAGAUUUUUGCUCAGAACGGGAAAAUAAAUUGGAACAGUGUCUAUUAGCGGAUCUAAAGCUCUGCCACGAAGAUGACAUAUACUUGCUCUGUUAUUUGCUACCUGAUGUAUACAUGGAAUUUCAAAAUGUGGCAGUCGGGAAUGUGCACUUAUUACAUUUAGUGGUAUCAACUGUUGAUGCCAGUCAAUUGCAAGAUUUGAUUUGUCAAAUAAUGCAGGGUCAUUUGAGAAUGCUUAAAAAGGAAUCAUUCACAGCAAUCCUGACGGCUAGCUUACAUUGGGAAACGUUUGAGCAAUAUUGUUUCUGGCAGCUCAUUGCUGCACAUGACUUCGCGAUAGAGACUGUACUACCUAUAUUGCAAAAACUCGAAUUUCGCAGCCAUGCAGAAGCACUCACGUCAAUCCUAUUCAUGUUGAAACAAGAAAAACCUACGUUAGAUCUCUUGAAACAGCUGUUUUGUCGGCAUAGUGUGGAUGGAGAUAAGUUUGUGGUCGCUGCGUUACGCUACUGGUGUCGUGAGUACGAAGAUAAGUUGGGUGAAUUAGUAGCCAAUUUAUUGAGCACUCGUUACCCUGCGACCAGUCCUAAUAAGCGAAAGCGUUCAAGCGCCAUCAUACGUUGUGGGGUUAAACAUGCCCAACCAUUAGGACCACCUACUGGAGAGCAAAUACUGGGUCACCUGGACCAGCUCAGGCAGCACUGUCUGUCAUCAGCUGAGUUGCAAUUCUAUCAACUGGAUGGAAUGCAGAGAGCUUUACAGCAGGCUCAAGCCGCGAGUAGUGAUUCUUUACGGAAAACCUAUGGGGAUCUAUUUGCUCUCGCAGAAGUUAACGAAGAAAACGAGCCCCCACCACCUCCCUCUAGAAAACACGCAGCUGCCAAUUCAGGUGGAGGAAAAGGAGGUCACAGAAAAGCUGCUGCAACCACGAGAGAAAGACCAGCUGCCAAACGCCCUCCACCUCGCGAUAGGACAACUGAAAGUAGCGAUCAGAGUAGUGAAUUAAAGGUUCCAUCUAUUAAUUUCAGGAAGAGGAAAUCGUCAAACCAAAGCAAGCGAAAAAAAGAAAAAAGAUAAACCCUGUUGGCUCUGAUAGCGACUGACCACCCAGUGUCUUCAUACAUCAUAUGGACCACGCGUGCGUGUGUGCAGCAAGUUAAUAUAGUUUUAAGAUUAGUAAGAUAAUAUAAUAUACUAUACAUAAUAGGGUAAAGCAAUCUGUAAAUAAAUGAUACGCCAAAAGUCCAACAGUCCUGAGAUAUUGAUGACAAGAUACUUUGCAAUCUCUGAAACGAAAAAAUUAUAAUGAAUUUGGCUGACGGUUGUAAUUUAUUUUUUAUUCAUUUUCAUUGGUCUAGCCUACUACAGAUUUUUACCCAUACAAUUUAUACAUUAUAUAGAUAAUCUGCACUCGCAUCCAGUAUUUAGAUAAAAAUUAUUUAAUUUCGGAGAAUGCAAAGCAUGAAAAGUACUCUGUUUUACAAACAAUUUUACCGUCGUUAGUUAGUUGGUAUUUCGAUCUGUUACCCGUAUUUAAGUAACGAUUGAGGACAUGCGUUAAUUAUUAGUUAUUGCGUUAUGCGGAAUGUAUGUCGAGUAUGUGAGGCCAACAAAUGUUUACCCUUAUUUUGUUGUCCUAUUUGUAAAUAAAGUCUAAGUGAAUUGGUUAAUUUUUAUUACUAAAAAAAGAAACUCGGAUUCUGCUGAAUAAGAUGUUCUCGAUCGAUUUGUUACUGAAGAAAAAUUUUUUUCCUAAGAAGGUAUACAGUUAAAUGACCAAAAUGUAUUUCAUUUACGCCUGUUGUAGCACAAUAUUUGAUUAAGCUAACGUUUAAACGAUGACCUAUAAAAAAUGUGAACCAUUUAUGACUAACAAUGUACAUUUCUUGUAAAGUCAGUUACACAGUUUAAGUAGCUGCGCUGCAUUAUGUAUUUCGUAGUUUGUACAUAAAUAAGAGUAUGGUUUCCAAUCGUCGAUUUUCAUACUCAAUUUAUAUUCGUAAUGCAUAUUCUUUUUUUUUAGCGAAAUGAUAGAGCAAGGUACGGUUCUACCACUGACGUAAAACAAGAAUCUAAGGACAUUAAUUGUAUACACUUAUAUACAAAUGUAUGUAUGUACAUACGUACCUGGAUGUUGGACCGUAGUUUCAGUACAUCAUUAAAACUUUUUUACUGUAAAUACACGAAAUGAAAUUUGAAAGACGUUCAAGCGAGACAAGAGUUUACAAAACGAGCGGAUAACAUAAAUUGUAAACAUUUUAAUGUUUUUAACAAUCUUGUACACACGGAAACAUAUGAAUGUAAAUACAUAGAUUAUCAUAAUAA